UCCUCCGCCUGCAUGCAUCCCGUGAUGCGCCAUGCCUUCACUCCACUGCCCCGCGCGACCACGACCGCGGCGCGCGGCGCGCUGUCCGGCGCCCCGCGCGGCGCAGAAGCGCCGGCGCAGCAGGUGCCGUUGCUGCGCUGCGUGGCGUUGGCGGGUGGCUCGGUGCGGGCGGCGCGGCGGCUCGUGGCACAAAAGCGGGUGUACAUCAAUGGGCGGCGUGCUGAUGAUGAGACUUUGUUGGUGGACAAUGCCGACGUUGUGACCAUCCUCAAAAUCUCCAAGGGCAGUGCGGUGCAUGUUCCUACACCUCCCAGGUGUGAGUACUACAUGAAGCUCUACAAGCCCUAUGGUGUCCUUUGCUCCCAGGUCCGCGACCGCGCGGAUGCCCAACUAGUGGCGGACUUCUACCCCACUGGCGCGGAGCAGACCUGCCACAACGUGGGGCGAUUGGACCUGCGCAGCGAAGGCCUAUUGCUUUUUACCUCUGAUGGCUUCUUUACCCGCUCAGUCUUGAUGCCCGAAACGCACAUCGAGAAGGAGUACGUGGUGAAGCUGCGCAUGCUGGAUGCGUCGUGUUCCUUCAAGUGCCCCGGCCAUGAGGAACUCAGCCGCUUGCGCGAGGGCAUCGACCUAGGCGAUGGCAAGGACUUGGCCGUGGCCCUGUCGGCCGAGCUACUGCGCUGUGACGCUGACGAGCGCUCCGCCCUGCUGCGGCUGGUGGUGUCCAACGGCCGGUACCACCUGGUGCGACGGAUGUGCUCCGCUUUAGGCUACCGCUGCGAACGCCUCCUCCGCACACGCGUGGGCAGCAUCACCGGCGUGCAGCCCGACGUCCUUCUGCGCGACGACGAUGCGGCGCCGAUGUCGUCCGCGGGACGUCCCGCGUCCGAGGCUGAGGACCUACAGCCCGGCGAGUAUGCGCCCCUGAGCCCUGAAGAGGUUAAGGCGGUGUAUCUCCGUGGCCUCGAAUGGCUGGAGCAAUACCAUCCUCAAAACAUCGCCGUCCCCUGUGAC